AUGGAUAAUAAGGUUUGCCGCAAAUGUUUAAGGAAGGGCUCUCAUCUGUAUAAAAACUGUAAAAAGCAAUGUGAAGUUGAUGGCUGCGUGGCGAAUCGUAGACAUCAUACGUUACUUCACAAGCUUAGGUCCGACCUGUCGGCUUCCACGACUCAACCGGAAGAGCAAGCUGCCAUCGUAGCGCAUAACGCUGUACCGAUCGUUAGUAAGCGACAACCGCUACUCAAGAUUAUUCCCGUGACGCUUUCAGGUAAAAAGGGUAGUGUCGAUACCUUUGCGCUAUUGGAUGACGGUAGUUCCGCGACGUUGUUGGAUAGAUCAGUUGCUAAUGCACUAGAGGAUGAGGGACCGAGAGAACCUCUGAGAAUUCAUUGCAUCGGGGGUCUCACUAAAUUGUCGGACGUCUCUUUUGUUAAUAUUAAAGUGAGAGGCCGGUAUAGCUCAGACACUUUCGAGAUUCGCGCUCGUUCUAUCCCCAAUCUCAAUCUCAGCGCGCAAACUGCCAGCUUUGAUGAUGUCCAGCGAUUCAGUCACCUUACAGAUUUAGCCGACGUCUUAGCUUAUGGGGACGCUCAACCAACAUGCCUUAUAGGAACGGACAACUGGCAUCUUCUCUUGACCCAAAGCGUACGUCGUGGUACAAAAUCUGAGCCUGCCGCUGCCCUUACCCCUUUGGGCUGGGUACUUUUUGGUUUUAUGGGCAACACGGCCAGUUCGGUAGAAUUUGUCAAUCAUGUAAAUCAAGUUGAAGAUGACCAGUUGGACAAUAAUUUAGAACAUCUGGUUAAAAACUACUACAAAUUAGACUCCAUUGGCAUAGAAAAGAAACUUCAUAGCAGUCCUAGCGAUAGACGUGCUAUAGAAAUUCUAGAUGAGACUACGGUGCGGUUAACCUCUGGUCGCUUCCAAACUGGUCUUCUAUGGCGGGACAACAUUAAGAUCAUCCCCAACAGUAAGCGCCUAGCACUGUCCCGAUUUCAAAGUCUCGAAUCUAAAAUGGCUAAAGACAAAACUUACGCGACUUCCUAUAAACAGAACAUUCAGGGUAUGAUUGACAAAGGAUACGCGGAGCUUUGCUCUGGACCACCAACUGGUAACAUCACGUGGUACCUCCCGCAUUUUGGGGUCGUACACCCACACAAAAAGAAGUUACGCGUGGUGCACGAUGCGGCAGCGAAAUGUAACGGGGUGAGCCUGAACUCUAUGCUUUUAUCAGGUCCAGACUUGCUGCAACCCCUGCUUGCUAUUGUCAUGAGAUUCAGAGAAGGUAAGAUCGCUAUUACGGGGGAUAUAAAGGAGAUGUUCCCACAAGUAAAAAUUAGACCUGAGGACCGCGACGCUCAGCGCUUUUUGUGGAGGGAUGACCCUCAGUCCCCUCUCUUAGAAUAUAGGAUGUCUUCUAUGAUUUUUGGAGCAACGUCUAGCCCGUGUACAGCACUCUACUUGAAAAACAAAAAUGCUCUUGAAUUUCAGAAUUCUUAUCCGAAAGCUGCUCAGUCCAUUAUAGAAAAUCAUUACAUGGACGAUUAUCUUGAAAGCUUUGAAAGUGUAGAGGAGGCAGCUCGCUUAGCUUCGGAAAUAGUCACCGUCCAUAAGGCUGCAGGAUUUGAAAUGCGAUCUUGGGUCUCCAAUCACGCUGAGGCUCUUACCUUAUUACCUUUAGACCUCCGCGCCACUGAAGCCUCUGAGGUAGGGUUAGGUCCGUCUUCUCCAUCGCGCAUUAGAGUUUUGGGAUUGACUUGGCUUGUUGGCGAUGACUCCUUGUCCUUUCUUAAGUCCAUCCCGAAAUUCCCCCCAACGCUUACGAAACGUUCUGCCUUGUCUUUACUUAUGUCGAUAUACGAUCCGUUAGGGUUGAUAACGCCUCUUAUUAUAAAGGGUCGAAUUCUUUUCCAAAUGACGUGGAAGUUAGGUUUGGAUUGGGAUCAAAAAUUAUCUGAGGGGUUAUUUCUAAAAUACCAGUCGUGGUUCCGGGAACUUGAGAACUUAUCAGGGAGCGCUAUUCCCAGAUGUUAUUCGGAGGGAAAGCAAGUUAUAGAAAGUCAGCUUCACGUCUUAUGCGACGCUAGCGAGCUAGCUUACGCUUGCGUUGCCUACUGGCGAUUUGUUUUAUCGGAUGGUUCAGUCAAAUUGGCGCUUAUAGGAGGCAAAGCUAGGCUCGCGCCACUAAAACCAGCGACUAUUCCGAGAAUGGAACUUCAGGCGGCGUUGAUAGCCGAGAUCUCGGAUCUUACUGAUGUACAGUCUUGGAGAUAUGUUCCUAGUGGCUUAAAUGUUGCUGACGACGCCACGCGCGAUACAGCGGAGUUCUCUCUACAUUCACGUUGGUUCACUGGCCCGACUUAUCUUCUUUCACCGGAAGCUACGUGGCCCCGCGAACCGCUUUACACUGAUUCUUCAACCACAAGUGAAAUAAAAAUGGUUGAAUGCUUGGUCGUACCUUCUGCAGAAUCCCCGGCUCUUUCGCCUGUGGUCGCAGACCAUCGGAGAUUCAGCCGAUGGAUUCGCUUGCUCAGAGCCACAGCUCGAGCACACCAGUCGGCAAAAAUGUUUAGGACCUUAUUACCUCUAAAUUCUAAAUUGUUUCUAAAUUCGCCUCGUUGCGAUCGAAAAUUACCUCUUUUAUCAGCCGACGACUUAAAUUCGGCAGAGCAUCAUUUACUCAUGUCUGUACAACGCGAUUCAUUGUCCGAAGAGCUUGAUUGUGUUAACGCAGGACGCCCCGUUUCUAGAUUAAGUAAACUUAAGAACGUGUCCUUGCUCGUCUGUAACGGUCUUCUACGGUUAUCCGGUCGCACAUCCGCUUCAGAUGCCAUUGAGUCCCGCCCAAUUGUCCUUGAUGGAAAGCAUCAGAUAACAAGACUGUUGAUUCAUGAAUACCAUAUACGAUGCGCUCACGCAAACAAUGAACUCGUCGUCAACGAAAUGCGCCAGAAGUUCUACAUCAUCGGCCUGAGAUCUGCCGUCAAACAAGUGGCUUCAAGAUGUCAGCGCUGCAGAGUAUGGAAGGCUAGACCUGUGCCGCCGCCCAUUGGCGACUUACCAGACGUGCGGAUGGCCAUCUAUGAGCGCCCAUUCUCCUACGUCGGUUUGGACUAUUUUGGCCCUCUCAAUGUCACGAUCGGCCGGAAGCAUGCGAAAAGAUGGGUCGCGCUCUUUACCUGUAUGACUGUCCGAGCAGUUCACCUGGAAAUCGUCGAUAACCUAUCAGCAGACUCUGCGAUAAUGGCCCUACGCCGCUUCAUAUCUCGUCGAGGCUGCCCGUCUUGCAUCUAUUCUGACAAUGGGACGGCUUUCGUUGGGGCCUCUAAGAUGUUAGCGGAAGUCUAUGAGUUCGCGACCACCAAGCGGAUACAGUGGAAGUUUAUCCCGCCGUCGGCUCCUUUCAUGGGUGGAUGCUGGGAGAGAUUGGUACGGAACGUCAAGUCUGCGCUAUCCGCAACCUUGAAAGAACAGUCACCCAGAGAAGAGACACUCCACACCCUACUCCUUGAAGCAGAGGCUAUAGUUAACUCUAGGCCGCUGACUCACGUGUCAACGGAACCCGAUGCAGAGGAGGCGCUUACGCCGUUUACGUUCCUUAUCGGCACCCCUUCGUACGAUCUGCAAACACGGCCGUUCAACGACACCGAUCUGUCCAGCCGGGCACAGUGGCGGAAGGCACAGCGUCUGGCCGACCAUUUUUGGCAGCGCUUCACCAAAGAAUACCUGCCCAGCCUAGUCCCUCGCCGGUCUUCACCGACGGCUUCUACGAGCUUCAUCAUUGGCGAUCUGGUGGUCAUAGUGGACGGGACUCUACCCAGGCGUUGUUGGCCACGUGGCCGCAUCGUUGCUACCUACCCUGGCAAGGACCGGAUAGUUAGGGUAGUGGAUGUUCAAACUAAAGGGGGUGUCCUGCGUCGGCCCGUAAAAAAAUUGGCCAAGCUGGUCGUUUCACCCUAA